CCGGGCGCUGCAGCCCGUUCCCUCCGGUCUCCAGACGGCGUUCGGCAGCAAUGGCUUGGCCCCGCGUGCAGCUGGUUGUCACCGCUGAUGACUUUGGUUACUGCCCGAGGCGCGAUGAGGGCAUCGUGGAGGCCUUCCUGGCAGGAACUGUGACCAGCGUGUCACUGCUGGUCAACGGCACAGCCGCAGAGAGCGCGGCCGAGCGCCCGCAGGUGCGGGAGGAACUGGAAGCUCAACUCAGCCGCUUCCGGGAGUUGUUGGGCAGGUCCCCCACGCACGUAGACGGGCACCAGCACGUGCACGUGCUCCCAGGAGUGUGUCAGGUGUUCGCCGAGGCUCUGCAGGCGUUCGGGGUGCGCUUCACAUGGCUGCCAGUAGAAUGCGGCGUGGGCAGCUGCUCGUGGCUGGAAGCACCAGCGCGUGCCUUCGCCUGCACUGUGGAGCGCGAUGCCCGGGCUGCCAUGGGCCCCUUCUCCCGCCUCGGCCUGCGGUGGACCGACGCCUUUGUGGGCCUGAGCACUUGUGGCCGCCACAUGUCUGCUCACCGAGUCUUGGCGUCACUGGCACGGGCCCUCGAAGAGAUCCCUGCUGGCCGUGCCCUGACUGCCGAACUGAUGGCACACCCAGGAUACCCCAGUGUGCCUCCAGCAGGGGGCUGCGGUGAGGGCCCCGACGCUUUCUCUUGUUCUUGGGAGCGGCUGCAUGAGCUGCACGUCCUCACUGCACCCACCUUGCGGGCUCGGCUGGCCCAGAAUGGUGUGCAACUCUGCGCCCUAGACGACCUGGAUUCCAAAAGGCCCGGGGAAGGGGUCCCCUGUGAGGCAACUCUUGAGCCCUUCCUGGAGCCUUCCCUACCCUGACACCAAAGGCUAGCUACGAACUGCCUCUCACUGUGGAGGAAGGCCAGGGCUAGAGCUCUGGUUCAGCGUGGAACCAGGCCUUGGAGCAGGGUCUGGUUUCUUAGAAUGACAAGUCACUAACCCAGGUCCUCGCCUCUGAGCAGUAUUGGGCAGCCUUGCCUGCUGAAGGCAGGGCUGGUCUGUGACAUCUGGAUUUAAGGCCUGCCUGAGCAUUUGGUGCCAAUUCAUGUUGCAGUUAAAACCACCUGUUUAGUGGAGCAGUGGAGAGAGGUUGGUGUGAAUAAAAUAAUGUCUUUCAGGA